UCUCACUCUUAUCCCCACCCACCUUUAUAUGUGCAUACUCCUACAAAUCCUUAAUUCUACACAUCAAAAUUGUUCCAUUAAUAUCUCUUCUAAUAUUGGUGAAUUUCUUCUCCUUUUAAAUUCUUCAAAACAAGAAUAAUGGGUAUGGAUAUACAAACCAAACUUCGUUUAGCUCUUGGCACAAUGAAAGAUCAAGCUUCAAUUGGCAAAGCCAUGAUGUAUAACCAUCAACAACAUGAAGGCUUUUCCAACAUAGAGAUUGCAAUUCUUCGUGCAACUAGUCAUGGUAAUAGCACUAUUGAUAACAAAUACAUGCAUGAAAUCCUUUUUCAUGUAUCAAACUCAAAAGGGUCAAUCCCUUUUCUUGCCGAAAAGAUUUCGCGCCGCCUAUGCAAAACUAAAGACAAUCUUGUUUCUCUCAAGACUCUUGUCUUGAUUCAUAGACUUCUUAGAGGUGGAAAUAGAACAUUUGAACAAGAAUUAUGCAAAGCACAUGUUUCUGGCCAUUUACAAAUCAGCAUAAUAAGGUAUGCUUGUGUUACAAGGAAUUUUUCUGAUCCUUUAGUUUGUUUCUUACACAAGUAUGCAUCUUAUCUUGAAGAAAGGAUGAGUUGGCAUGUAAACCAAGGUGGAAAACUUGAACCUAUUAUGUCUAAAGGGUUAGGAUUUAGGAGAUAUGAUGAAAAAUCCUUUGAUAUGGCAUUUAGAAUUUUACCUAAAUGUCAAAUUCUUAUUGAUAAGGUUUUGGAAUGUUCACCAUAUGAUAUUUUGAGGUCAAGUUAUCAUAGUCUUGCUCAUGUUGCUAUGAGCAAUACUUUGAGAGAAAGUUUCCAAGUUUACAUGACAUUUUGUGAAGGCAUUGAAGCUCUUGUUAACAUGUUCUUUGACUUGGAAUCUUCAGCUAAAAGCUUAGCCUGUGAAAUACUCAAGAAAGGUUCUAUUCAAAGUCAAAAGCUUCAUGAUUUGUAUCAAACUUGCAAAAAAUUGGUUGAAAACAAGAAUUUGGAAUACCCUUUUGUUCAAAUUAUUAGUAUGAAUCAUGUAAUGGCAUUAGAUCAAUUUGGUUUUCAAGAAAAUAAAGUUGAAGCUUCACAUGUCUCUAUAUCAAGUAUCUCAAAGUUGCCUCAAAUUUCAAGCCUUUUGAAUAGAUCAUCAGAGUUAGAGUUGGAAGUAACAACAAAAGAAAUAAAAAAAGAUGAAGAGAAAGUAGAUUUAAUUUUUUCAACAACACCAACUCUUUCUUCAUGGACACUAGAGACUAAAAUUAGCAAGGUUUGGGUGGUAUUUGAAGAUGAAGUUCAUAAUGAAUCACAAAUCCUUCCAACACAAUAAAGGCUUGGAAAUUGGAAGUUUUAAUUAUGCUAUAAGUGAUGUAGAAAGUUUUAUUUUUUAUUUUUGACUUGAAAGUGAUGUUAAAAGUUAAUAUUGUAGGACAAGUGCAUUUCCUUAUCCAAUUUAGAUGCAUGUUUUCGUGAGGUAUGAGCUGUUGAAUCAAUUAAGUUUUGAUGAGUUUUUCGGUA